AUGGAACUUCUCUCCACAAAUGGCAAAUUCUUCCCUAACUACAAGUGUGAUUCCCGGGAAAAUCUGAUAGCAGUCAUUGGGGGACCUAAUUCUGAUGUUGAUCUCAACAUGUCAAUCAUACUGUGUAUCUACAAGAUUCCUCAGCUCCCAUAUGGCUCUGCUGUUGUGAUGGAUGACAAAAACCAAGGAGUUUUCUUCCACCAGAUGUUCCCAAAUGUGGAUCACCAAUAUAGGGGGAUGCUGCAAUUACUGCUUCAUUUCAGCUGGACAUGGAUUGGAGUGCUUUAUCUGGAUGAUGGCAAUGGAAAGAGAUUUCUGCAGAAUGUGCUUCCAAAGUUUUUUCUGAAUGGCAUCUGCUUUGACUUCAUAGAAAAUAUCCCAGAACCAACUUUUUCCAGUGGAGCCCAUGCAAUGGUGGAAGAUGUUAUUGAAACGUUAAAGGUUAUUAUGAUUAGCACUGCCAAUGCAUUGAUUGUACAUGGUGAAAUUCAGACCAUGGUUUAUGUGAGAACAUCAAUCUGCUUCUCAGCAUAUCUAAAUAUACCAAUGAAAACAAAGGUCUGGAUUAUGACAGCCCAGAUGGAUUUCACGUCAUCUUCCAUUCCAAUAAAUUGUGAUAUAGAGUUCAUCCAUGGAGCUAUAUCAUUUGCAAUGAAUUCAAAAGAGCUGCUGGGAUUCCAGAAAUUCCUUCAAAUAAGAAAUCCAACCUUGACCAAAGGAAAUUACUUUAUUAGAGCCUUCUGGGAACAUGCAUUUAACUGUUCAUUCUCAAGCCCUGCGGUAGGCAACAUAGCUAGGAAAAUCUGCACUGGGGAGGAGAAGCUGGAGACUCUCCCUGCAUCAGUUUUUGAAAUGAGCAUGACUGGCCACAGCUAUAGUAUUUACAAUGCUGUCUAUGCUGUGGCACAUGCUCUACAUGCCAUUGAUUUAUUCAAAUCCAAGCACAGAGGAAGGGCAAAUGAAGGGAGAUGGACAUUUCUGAAUCAACAACCAUGGCAGGUAAUGUCCUCAGUAGAUUAA